GAAUGAAUAUAUCUAUCAUAUUUCUAUUUAUGCACACGAUGUUCAUUGCUGUAAAAAGUGAAUCAAGAUUUAGAUUGAUCUCAGCACAUCGUAAACCUGAAUAUGACAACAAAUACGAAGUAGAGAACGCCAUCGGAGUCUACAAUGUUAGAUUUGUAGAAUGUACUGUAAAAUGUGUAUCAAAUACGCGUUGUUUAUCAUUCUUUUACAACAACCUGACAAGAGUGUGUAUUUUACACUCAGAUCCAUUCACCUAUACUGUGAUGUCCUUCUCAGAGAAAGGGUGGAAAUUUUACCUUUCACAAGAACGUUAUGGUCGCUGUUUGGUCGACUUCUUCUACUACAGAGAACUGGACUUGUGUUAUAAAUUAGAACCUACUAUUCAAAUAUCCGUUGUUCAUGAAGAUUUUGUGUGUCCAGGAAGUGAGCUCAUGCGUAUCGAUUCCAAUGAAAGACAAGAUUAUAUCAAGCUUGUUACAGCUGACAUCGGAAGAGUGUACAGUCAUGGAAUAUGUAUACAAGGUAAAAAGUCACAAGGAAAAUGGACGUACAACGAUGGAUCUACAAUGGAGUAUUUCAGGUGGGACCAAAAUCAACCAAGUGAAUAUUCUAACGUUAUCGCCAUGAUUCGGAACCAGAACUACAAAUGGAGGAAUCCUACUCGUGUUAGCGACCCAUGUACAUAUAUGUGUGAAUAUCGAUCACUGAAUAAUUGAGUUGCUGACGCUAUUCAAGAUAAAAAAAAACUACUUUUCUU